AUGUUAUAUUUGCAGACAUACCUGUCCAUUCUCAUCGUCGCUGCUUCACUACCAGCGAUGCUGGAAUACGCGCAGCAAAAUGCUGCCAUCAUAAACACCAUCCUCGCCAUAGUAGGCGCACUUUUCUUCAUAUACUGGGUCAGAGUCCAAUCGUUUUCCAAUGCGGCUCCUAAAGGUUGUCAGAAAAUAGGUCUAUCUCCCAAACAAAGCAACCUCAAUGACGAGUACGAUCCAACAUACGCCAAUGGUGGUCCAGAGAACAGCACAGAUGAACAAGGGCAUCCAGCAUGGCGCAUCAAGGCUCUCUUCACAUACCCCAUCAAGAGCUGCGCCGGGAUCGAACUUGACACUGCUGAUAUAGUUAGCACCGGGCUCGCCUUUGACAGGCAAUUCUGCUUUGCGGAGGAAGUGACGCCGGCAGCAGCCAGUCGGAAGAACCCUUCUAGCUCGAACCUGGGCACGAGCUGGAUAGCUCGAACCCUCCGCAACAGCGGCUUCAACAAACUGGCCCUCGUCCGCUCAGAGAUUUGGGUUCCUGAUUCUUCAGUACCAGGGUACAGUCCUGAUCUAGAGGAAGUCAAAUCACAAGGCGUGAUAAUGUUGUACUACCCACAUAUUGGGCAUAACGCCUUACACUCCUUCUUCCUUACCUUCGGAAUUUAUCUCAACCUCAUCGGCCACGAGACUUCAUUUCGCAUUCCCCUCGUUCCUCCUCCAGACUCAGAAAAGGCAUACCCUCUCACCCCAGUCAAAAUCUGGAAAGACUGCCCCUUAGCCUACGACUACGGCAAGCACAUUCCUGAUUCAUUCCACCGCUUUCUCGCCCACCAACGUGACUCUGAGAAAAGACGAGAUAGCGGCCGUAUAACUCUCUUUCGUGUACAUCCCUCUAACUACCGAGAGAUCUUCCGCAACGCACCCGGGAAGAAAGACCUUGGCUUUCAGCCCACGACAGGCUUCGCGGACGCAUACCCCCUUCAUAUCCUCAGUCUAUCUAGCGUACGUGAUGUAGCGGCACGCUGUGCAAGUUCAUUACCGAAACUAAGUAUCCGGCGAUUCAGAGCGAAUAUCAUCAUUCAGGGCCCGGGGGCCUUCAUCGAGGAUAAUUGGAAGAGAAUUCGCAUUUCCUCUGCUGAGGAGAACCGGACAAGCACCAACGGAACGACAAUCCACACAGUCUGCCGCACAAUCCGCUGCAAGCUUCCCAACGUUGACCCGGACACUGGCAUCCGACAUCCGCGGGAACCAGAUCAAACAUUGCGAAGUUACCGAGUCAUUGACGCCGGGGAGAGGGCAUAUGCGUGCUUGGGGAUGCAGGGUGUUCCGGCUGUUCAAGAAUCCAGAGUUCGUGUCGGUGAUGCAGUUUCUGUGCUUGAGACGGGAGAGCAUUUCUAUGUCAAGAUGUUGGCACCCGGGGAAGUGGUCGAGGGAGUAUAA